AUGCUGUGCUCCGAACGACACGUCUCGACCACCCGCAUCGAAGCCGUGCACGCCGCCAGGCAGCAGCAGCUCGCGCUCUACCCGCCCUCGCCCCCGGCCUCCGUCGCAAACUCCUUCGACAGCUCCAUGGACGACAUCACCCACGCCCGCAGCUCCACCCGCCGGCCGCCCGUCCGUCCUGCUCUCGAGCAUCUUCCGCCCGAGGUUCUUGAUAUCAUCUUCUCACAUCUCUCUACCGAUCCCCACGGCGGCCGGUGGAGCCAGGUUCUGGCGUUAGGGAGGACCUGUUCAAAACUAUGCGAUGAAGUAAACCGCUAUCUCUAUUCCAACAUCCGGCUGGAGUCGCCGCGCGCGUUCGACAAGCUUGUCUCCACACUGCUCACCUGUGCUGGCACAAUCGCUCCUCUCGUCCAGUCCUUCACAUACGUCGCCCCAGGCGAGUUCACUCCGCGCGCUCCGUCGGGCUAUCUGCCCUCCGACCUCACACCUGUCCUCACACAUCUCCCGACCAUCCUCCAUCUCUGCCCAAACAUCGAGACGCUCGUGCUCGAAAAUAUCAACGACAUCACACUCAAAGACUGGCAGCACCUUUUCCCUGCCUCCGCCGUCGCCCUCAAGCGCAUCCGGUUUUUCAAAUGGUCCUACUACUCCGGCUGGCGCCGCGGCCGCAACUUCUCGAGAGCAUGGUUCCCAGUCCUGGCGAGCUUCAAAGCGCUGCACGAGCUCAGCCUGGCGAACUGCGUUAUCGACUCUGAAGCGACAUCCGGUGUCUCCGUGGCGGCGUUUUUGGGCGUGCAGAAGCUCGAGCUGGAAAACAUUUGCUGGUCAAUGUCUGACAUGCAGAGCUUUGCGCCACUGCUGCCAAACGUUGAGUGUCUUGAUAUGAAGACGAUAAAGGUCUUUCCGUACCCGACUACGGCUUAUCAUCCGCUGCCGCCGAUGUUUACGAAGCUGCGUGCGCUCUCUGUUGAUUGUGCGUCGCGCAUCCUGUCACCCAAACAUCACAUUUGCAAUUUCCUUGCCCCGAGUCUAAGAACAUCUCUGGAGUAUCUAUCUUUAUCAGGCGGAUGCUCACUAUGCCCUGCAUUUUUCAAAAACCUGAGUAUACCUACGUUGUACAUCCACCUAUCGCAGCUGCGAGUCUGUGGCGGGUUUGAAAGCACACGGGAUCUCAACGACGUCAUCGUGAGCUACGUCGACAACUGCCCCAACAUCGAGCGCGUCGACAUCGAAGCCCCCAGCAUGGCGAUCGUCGACAAAGACGGCCACAAUCUUGGCGGCGAGACAGACAUCGGACGACGAGGGUCCUGGGUUUUUGUAGACAUUGACUUUCGGCUUACAGAGAAGGAGAAGAUUCUGAAGGCGGCGAGGGAAGGUGAACAUUCCGAGCGCAGCGGGUUGCAUUCGGAAGAGGACGAAAUUAACCGGCCUAUGGCGAGAACUGGGAGUAUGCGAAAGCAUAUUAUCGGUAUCCCAGAGGCGCGACUAAGGGAGCUAGAGCAUGUAUAUGAUGAUCACCGGCGCCGGGAGGAAGAAUCCGAGGCGAGCUGA